AUGGCCGACGUCAAGCGCCCGAAUAUCACGCUGUACACGGAUGCCACGCCCAAUGGCCUCAAAGCCUCGAUAGCGCUGGAAGAACUCGGCCUCCCGUACAAGACCGAGCACAUCAACAUCGCGACCAACCGGCAGAAGGAACCAUGGUUCCUGGAAAUCAACCCCAAUGGUCGCAUUCCUGCCAUGACUGACACUUUCUCCGACGGCGAGCAGAUCCGUCUGUUCGAGUCGGGAGGUAUUUUCCAAUACCUGGUCGACGAGUACGACCACGACUACAAGAUCAGCUUUCCCAAGGGCACCCGCGAGUACUACGAAAUGACCAACUGGGUGUUUUUUCAAAAUGCCGGGUUGGGUCCCAUGCAGGGGCAAGCGAAUCACUUCGUGAGGUACGCGCCCGAGAAGAUCGAGUACGGCAUGAAUCGAUAUGUGAAUGAGACGAGGAGAUUAUACGGCGUGCUGGACAAGCAUCUUCAAUCCUCGAAGUCGGGGUUCAUUGUCGGCGACCACAUUUCGAUCGCAGACAUCACCACUAUCGGGUGGGUAAUCUGGGCAGCCUGGGCGGGUGUAGACAUCGACGAGUUCCCCACGCUCAAGAAGUGGGAGGAGAUGAUGAGUGCGAGAGAAGGUGUCAAGAGAGGCUGUGAUGUGCCCAGAAAGCUGGACAUCAAGGAGAGGAUGAAGGAUAAGAAGUCCUUGGAGGAGUUUGCAAAGCACUCGAGUCAAUGGAUUCAGCAGGGCAUGAAGGAAGAUGCGCAAAAGAAGUGA